AGUGAGGGGUAUGAAUACACUAUAUACACAGUCUCUAUUUACACGAUGAACAUCCAAUCUCAGUAUAAGGUUACUGCAGGACAGUGAAGGUUUUGCACUUUAUGAAUUUACGUUUGUGUUGCUCAUGAGUAAUUCUGUCAUAAUACCAUGUGUAAUAUGAUGGCAAUCUCAAGAGCAACGCAAAUGAUGGUAUCCUCCGCGAAACAGGGUCUUGAAACCAAAACAAAUUCCUGUACCCCAUGGUACUUUUUAGUUUUCGCCAAAACCAUUCCUCAGGCUUAACAGGUUAAAAGUCCCCCUUUUGUCCACAACACACGGUGCAAACAAAUACAAUCCUCCUGCUGGAAGAUGUCCAGAGAGACACUCAGUGUUACGUAACAUUUCCUUGUUGGGAAUUUUUCCGCCUCUGCCUCGUACAACCCGCAGCCAAAUAACAUGAGACGGACCAUGCCUGCAGGAGCAAACUGAGUUUACAGAGGGUCCUUUUAAACAUUUUCAUCAUGAUUUUUCAAGCCCUUUUUGAGUGUAUGGACUUCACUAGUUGGCUGUUGAUCAGUUUUAUAGUGUUACUCCUGACAGAUGUGAUCAGAAACUGGAGACCAAACAGCUUUCCCCCUGGACCCUGGGCUGCGCCUUUUCUAGGAAAUGUCUUGAUAGGACUUGACUUCAAAGCAAUGGAGAAGCUCUCUCAGGAGUAUGGUCCAGUGUUCAGCUUGAGGAUAGGCAGCCAGAGGAUGGUGUUUGUUUCCGGGUACAAGAUGGUCAAAGAGGCUCUUGUUAUCCAGCUGGACAGCUUUAUUGAUAGACCUAUUAUUCCUCUUUUCCAUGCUGUCUUUAAGGGGAUUGGUAUAGCUUUGAGCAAUGGGUACUUGUGGAAAAAGCAAAGGAAGUUUGCCAACACUCACCUGCGUUACUUUGGAGAGGGCCAGAAGUCCCUGGAAAAAUACAUUGAGGUGGAAAACACCUACAUCUGUGAAGCUUUCAAAGAGGAACAAGGAAGGCCAUUUAACCCCCAUAACAUCAUAACGAAUGGAGUGUGUAACAUCAUCUCGUCUGUGCUCUUCGGACAUCGCUUUGAGUACAGCGAUCAAAGCUUCCGCAGGAUUCUGGACUUGGACAAUGAGGCUAUUAGGUUAGCUGGCUUACCUCAGACUCAGCUGUAUGAUGCCUUCCCUGGUGUGCUGAAGUACCUGCCAGGACCUCACCAGACUGUGUUAAAGAACUACUCGGAGAUCUUGGCUUUCCUGAGAUCAGAAGUAGUGAAGCACCAGGAAGAGUGGAACCCAGAGGACCCUCGUGAUUUUAUCGAUGUUUACCUGGGAGAGAUGGAGAAGAAAAAGGAGGAUCCCCAGGCUGGCUUCAACAUUGAAAGCCUGCUGAUUUGCACACUGGACCUGAUAGAGGCCGGUACAGAAACAUCAGCCACCACUUUACGCUGGGCCCUGUUGUACAUGAUGCACUACCCAGAGAUACAGGAGAAAGUACAGGCAGAGAUAGACUCAGUGAUCGGACAGUCUCGACAGCCCACCAUGGCCGACAAGCCCAACAUGCCUUACACUGAAGCUGUCAUCCAUGAAGUUCAAAGGAUGGGAAAUAUCGUUCCCCUUGGAUUCCCAAAAAUGGCCAGUAAAGACGCUACACUGGGAGGAUACUCAAUACCCAAAGGAACAACUAUUACUACAAUCCUUGCGACUGUGCUGUUUGAUAAGAAUGAGUGGGAAACUCCGGAUACCUUCAAUCCGGAGCAUUUCUUGGAUUCGGAGGGGAAAUUUCGCAGAAGAGACGCCUUCUUACCGUUUUCAGCAGGUAAACGUGUGUGUUUAGGGGAGCACCUGGCCAGAAUGGAGCUGUUCCUUAUGUUCACUGUUCUCCUCCAGCACUUCACCAUCUCCCCUGUUCCUGGAGAGAUGCCCAGCUUGGACGGUGUGCUGGGUUUCACCAAUUCCCCCCAGCAGUUCAGGAUGCUAGCUGUGCCUCACUGAUUUGCUCCUAUUCCACCUCAGGGUCACAAAACAGUCUUAAGUCCACGUUCGCUGCCAAAAAAACUAAAUCAGAUCACAUUUCUGACUCAAAACUUAAAACUAGUUUGACAUGAAAUAAAUCAAUAUAUACUUUUUAGUUUUAAAGCCAUUCACUCCCAUCAUCACCCACAGAGAUCAUUUCACACAUUUAUACAUGCACAUACUCAUGUGUAUACUCACACAUUUAGUAGCUUUGUAGGACUUUAAGAUAAAAAAUAACCGAUUGCUAAUGUAACAGGUAAAUUACACAUGCUAGGUUUGCUAGUAUUAUUUUCAUUUAGCAUGAAGAUCUUUUAACUAAUUAACUAACAAUCUACUGUUUCACAAUACUUGCCUGAUACAGUUUUGAUUUAUCACUACACUGACAAGCUUUUUAUCUACUUGAACUUAGAUAAUUUAACAACAUGGUCAUUAUGACAUUCAUAACCUGUCUAUUAAGUGCAUAACGUUAUGCAACACAAUAUUGCAAAUAUUUUCCUGCAGCAACAGGAGAUCAGAUGUAUUAUAUUUUCCUAUAUCCAUUAGCUGGUUAAGUAUUAGUUAAGCAUGAUUUUUUGACAAAAUAAAUCAUAGAACCUAUACACACAACUUCACUCACAUGCCAAAUUGAGUAAGAUAACAUUUCUAAAUAAAUGCCUACAUACAUUAACAUGCUUUUAAUUUGGUAUACAUAAACUUGUGAAAUUAUACUUAAAAAUCUGUAAAAUGUUUUAUUCUGUUCAAUAAAGGAUUUUAGUUGUA